UCCUCUGGAGCCCCGCCAAUAUCUCCAAAACUCCUCCGUGGUUAGGGAAAGGAGUGGUGCUAGAGAGAUGGAUGGCAUGCUUGCAUCUAUUAUGAUCCAUCCCUCUUAAUUAAUCGUCCUUGGUUAUUUCCUGUUGGUAGUAAUUUGUUCUGCUUACUAUUCUGGUGGAAAUACAUGCUUAAGAUCACCGGAUGAAUUUCCCUCCUCUGUCUCUUUUUCUGUCUUCCUCGUAGUAGAGCAAUCUUGUUUCCUUUUUGGUCAUCUUCCGCGUUCGGAUCAGUUCAAAACUGGUCGCAUUGCCUCUGAUUUUCCAUGGCAAAGGUUCAAUUGGGGGUUUCUUUGACUUUUUUUUGUCAUCUUUCUUUGUCUUUCGCCUUGAUGAUCUCGCUCUGCUGUUUCCCAGUCAUGUCACCAAGAUUUGAUCAUCUUCUUGUUUCUUAUGUCAACUUUGAAGGCCGCAAUCUGGAGACCAUGAUCCUCAACACAGCGGUGCCCCUGAUGGCCAUGCUGCUGCUGCUCACGGUGUCGGCUGUCUCCAUGACGCCGAACGACUCUGCCUGCGCCUGCCUCCGCACCUGCUUCUUCCGCAGCAACUGCUUCCCGAUGAUCUGCGUCCUCUGCCAGAUCAACCUGGGCCGUCAUCUAGCGAAGGAGGCCGUUCUGGCGCCGACGCUGGCGGGCCGGCGCUACUACGCGGUGGGCGCCGUCGCGUGCUUCGUGGAGCUCGCUCUCAAGCUGUGCAUGAUCAUGGUGCUGUGCCCCGCGGAUGGUGUUUAGGUUCGUCGCGCAAGCCUGGAUCGAAGAUGGAUGAUUUUGGAGUCUGGAGAUGCGCCGUUUUGUUUAGUUACAACUUACAACUUUGGAAGGGCCUGUCAUGUCAUGUGGUGUUUUAGUCUCGUCUUACCAUUAUUCCGUUGUUGUCUUGUCGCUGGGAUGCGGCCCUUUAGGCUAUAGACUAAGUAUGAAGUUAGAAGGGAUUUGAACUUGUUUAGCUGAAGUCUUCAAGGUUGGAAACUUGGA